GCAUCUUUGUUUUUACUGAGUCCGUGUGUCGUAUAGUUUGCAUUUUCUGCAAUAAUUUGAUAUUUUUAAUAAAAUCUUCACUCUAUCAGCACAAAACAGAAUUUAAUACCGAUAUAUACCGUUCCGUCAUGGAAGAAGUGCAGCGGCAUAGCGUACACACGCUAAUAUUUCGCUCGUUGAAGCGGACUCACGACAUGUUUGUUUCAAAUCAAAGCGGACUUCCUGAAAUUGAUGAAAAACUCCUUAAAAUACGAAAAUCUAUUAAAGCGAAAGACACAUACGGCCUAGUUUUUGAUCGCGUGUCCAAAGCUGCUGAGGCAAAAAAGUUGGCAGCAGCUGCUCCUGGUGGUGCGCUGGAAGUUCCUGAGCGUCCACUUGCUAUCACAGAUGGCAGUGUAGUUGGGGACCACAAUGCCUUGGUGACAGGAAACGACAAAAGUGUAACAGGCGGUAUAGAUCAGCAAAGUGGUGGCACAUCACUCGUGGCUGCCUCAGGUGUACGCCCUGGUACAACCGGUAGCAAUGUGCAGCUGAUACCCAAAAAAGCGCCAUCAAUACCGAAACCGACUUGGCAUGCGCCGUGGAAGUUGUCGCGUGUUAUUUCUGGUCACUUGGGUUGGGUACGUUGCAUAGCAGUGGAACCAGGUAAUGAGUGGUUUGCAACCGGUGCCGGCGAUCGGGUUAUCAAAAUCUGGGAUUUGGCUAGCGGUAAACUGAAACUCUCAUUAACUGGUCAUGUAAGCACAGUGCGCGGCUUGGCCGUGAGCGCUAAGCACCCUUACCUCUUCAGUUGUGGUGAGGAUCGUCAAGUAAAAUGCUGGGACCUCGAAUAUAAUAAAGUCAUACGACAUUAUCAUGGUCACUUGUCCGCGGUUUACUCCAUGGCACUGCAUCCAACCAUAGAUGUGCUUGCUACUUGCGGUCGUGACUCCACCGCGCGCAUUUGGGAUAUGCGCACCAAAGCCAAUAUUCACACACUCAGCGGUCAUACAAAUACAGUAGCCAGUAUAGUUUCACAAGCAGUUAAUCCGCAAAUAAUAACUGGUUCACACGAUUCGACGGUGCGCUUGUGGGAUUUGGCCGCGGGCAAGAGCGUAUGCACUUUAACUAAUCACAAAAAGUCUGUGCGCAGCAUUGUGCUGCAUCCUACACUCUAUAUGUUUGCAUCUGCAUCACCGGAUAAUAUUAAGCAGUGGCGAUGUCCCGAGGGAAAUUUCGUUCAAAACAUUUCAGGUCACAACGCCAUCGUCAACUGUAUGGCUGUAAAUGCGGAUGGAGUUUUGGUAUCUGGAGGCGAUAAUGGCACAAUGUUCUUUUGGGACUGGCGUACUGGUUACAAUUUCCAACGUUUCCAAGCGCCAGUACAGCCCGGUUCAAUGGACAGCGAGGCGGGUAUAUUUGCGAUGUGUUUUGACCACUCUGGUUCGCGUUUAAUCACUGCCGAGGCAGAUAAAACAAUCAAAAUUUAUAAGGAAGAUGAAGAGGCAAGUGAAGAGACACAUCCGGUUAAUUGGCGUCCAGAGAUACUAAAGCGAAGGAAAUUCUAAAAGUAUUGCUUAUUUUUGGUUUCUCUUUUUAGCUAUGAAAUAAAUAAAAAUUUUGUGUUAA